UUCCUCCGGCCCGCAUCGCGUUAGAAAUGUCCGUCCCGGGCGUUUGGCCAGAUAGAGAAACUGAGGCACGGUUGGGGACUCCACAGAAGUAUGACCCCACCUUUAAAGGACCCAUUUAUAACAGGGGCUGCACGGACAUCAUUUGCUGUGUGGCCCUGCUCGUGGCCAUUGUAGGCUACGUGGCUGUGGGUAUCAUAGCCUGGACCCAUGGGGACCCCCGAAAGGUGAUCUAUCCGACGGAUAGCCGAGGCCAGUUCUGCGGGCAGAAGGGCACGAAAAAUGCGGACAAGCCCUACCUGUUUUAUUUCAACAUCGUGAAGUGCGCCAGCCCCCUGGUCCUGCUGGAAUUCCAAUGUCCUACCCCACAGAUCUGUGUGGAGAAGUGCCCGGACCGCUACCUCACCUUACUGAAUGCCUGGGCCUCUGACUUUGAGUACUACCAGCAGUUCUGCGUGCCCGGUUUCCAGAAGAGCAGAAAGAGUGUGGCAGAGGCCCUCCGAGAUGGCGACUGCCCCGCCGUCCUCACCCCCAGCAAGCCUUUGGCCCAGCGAUGCUUCCCUGCGGUGCACGCGCACAAGGGGGUCGUGAUGGUGGGCAACGAGACCACCUACGAGGACGGGCUGGGCCACCGGAAGAACGUGACGGACCUGCUGGAGGGCGCCAAGAAGGCCAACGGGGUUCUGGAGGCGCGGCAGCUGGCCAUGCGGAUAUUUGAAGAUUACACCGUGUCCUGGUACUGGAUCAUCAUAGGCCUGGUCAUCGCCAUGAUGCUGAGCCUCCUCUUUGUCAUCCUGCUCCGCUUCCUAGCUGGCAUUAUGGUCUGGGUGAUGAUCGUCAUGGUGAUUCUAGUGCUCGGCUAUGGAAUAUUCCACUGCUACAUGGAGUAUGCCCGGCUGCGGAAUGAGGCUGGCUCCGAUGUCUCUGUCGUGGACCUGGGCUUCCAGACCGACCUCCGCGUGUACCUGCACUUGCGGCAGACCUGGAUUGCUUUCAUGAUCAUUCUGAGCAUCCUGGAGGGGAUCAUCAUCCUGAUGCUCAUCUUUCUACGGAAGAGGAUUCUCAUCGCCAUUGCACUCAUUAAAGAGGCCAGCAGGGCUGUGGGAUAUGUCAUGUGCUCCAUGCUGUACCCCCUGGUCACCUUCUUCCUCUUGUGUCUUUGCAUCGCCUACUGGGCCAGCACUGCCGUCUUCCUGUCGACUUCCAACGAAGCUGUCUACAAGAUCUUCAAUGACACUGCCUGCCCCGUGGCUAGGAAAACCUGUGACCCCGAGACCUUCCCCGGCUCCAACGAGUCCCGCCUGUGCCCCGGCGCCCGCUGCCAGUUCGCCUUCUACGGCGGCGAGUCCGGCUACCACCGGGCCCUGCUGGGCCUGCAGAUCUUCAACGUCUUCAUGUUCUUCUGGCUGGUCAACUUCGUGCUGGCGCUGGGCCAGGUCACGCUGGCCGGGGCCUUCGCCUCCUACUACUGGGCCCUCCGCAAGCCCGACGACUUGCCUGCCUUCCCGCUCUUCUCUGCCUUCGGCCGGGCACUCAGGUACCACACAGGCUCGCUGGCCUUCGGCGCCCUCAUUCUAGCCAUUGUGCAGGUCAUCCGCGUGAUGCUGGAGUACCUGGACCAUCGUCUGAAAGCCGCAGAGAACAAGUUUGCCAAGUUCCUCAUGACCUGUCUCAAGUGUUGUUUCUGGUGCCUGGAGAAGUUCAUCAAAUUCCUCAACAGGAACGCUUACAUCAUGAUCGCCAUCUAUGGUACCAACUUCUGCACCUCGGCCAGGAACGCCUUCUUCUUGCUCAUGAGAAACAUCAUCAGAGUGGCUGUCCUGGACAAAGUGACCGACUUUCUCUUCCUGUUGGGCAAACUCCUGGUGGUGGGUAGCGUAGGGAUCCUGGCUUUCUUCUUCUUCACCCACCGGAUCAGGAUCGUUCAGGACACAGCGCCACCCCUCAAUUACUACUGGGUCCCCAUUCUGACGGUGAUCUUAGGCUCCUACCUGAUCGCCCAUGGCUUCUUCAGCGUCUAUGGGAUGUGUGUGGACACGUUGUUUCUCUGCUUCUUGGAGGACUUGGAACGCAAUGACGGCUCCGCCGAGAGGCCUUACUUCAUGUCUUCCAACCUCAAGAAGCUCUUGAACAAGACCAACAAGAAGCCGGCGGAGUCGUAAACCCCCUGCCCGCGCCCCAGGCGCUCUGCCCCUGGGCCAGGACCCCCCAGGCCCCUGAGGGCCACCCAAGGGCCUGUCACUGCCUGCUUCACAGGUGUCCUGGCCCCACCAGUUUCCAGAACCCUGGAGGAGCAGGGUGGUCAAUGUUUCUAGAAAGUCCCCCAAGAUGAAGCUCAGGGUGGCCCCACAGCCUAGGGUGGGCUGCAGCGUGGGAGGAGAGCAGUGUAGCAGGAGUUUGAGCUUCCUACUCGAAGGUUCUCUCUCCUUGUGCG